AUCAUACUGUAUAUCCGGAUUCUACUGCGGCUGCGCGCUGACAAACGGCGUCAUUACCAUGACAACCCAAAUUUGCCUCAGAACAGAAGCUGGAGAGGACGACGCAACUCAACCGUUGUUCGUGAGGAGUUUGUAAAACUGCUGGAGGGAGAAAGGGCGAUAAAAUAAAACUGCGUCAAUAAUGGAGGAGGACGAUGUUCCUACAGAGUCCCAACCGGAAGAAGAGUUGAAAGCUUCAGAUGAGGCAGCCGCUGAAGAGUCUAAAAGUGACGACGAGUCAAAAGCUUCAGACCAGGUUGUCCCUGAAGAGUUCAAAUAUGAAGGGUCAAAAGCUUCAGAGGAAGCUGUCGCUGAAGAGUUCAAAGUUUCAGGCGAGGCUGUCGCUGACGAGUUCAAAUAUGAAGAGUUAAAAGUUUCAGACGAGGCUGUUUCUGGAGUGUCCAAACCUGAAGAAGAGUUAAAAGCUUCAGAAGAGGCUGUCGCUGACGAGUCCAAACCUGAAGAAGAGUUAAAAAUUUCAGAAGAGACUGUCACUGACGAGUCCAAACCUGAAGAAGAAUUAAAAGUUUCAGAAGAGACUGUCACUAACGAGUCCAAACCCGAAGAAAUGUUAAACGCUUCAGAAGAGGCUGUCAAUUUCUUGACCUCCAUAGAGCCCGAGGAGCUGCAGAAGUGUGUGUUUUCAGAGUCUCUGUUGGUGAUGUCUGAUUGUGGCGGAGUCCUGGGGGAGUUCAGUGUGUCUGUGGAGUUAACACACAGAGCCCUGGAGCCCUGCGUGAUUCUGCAUGCUCGGAGCCACGGAGCUAUCGACGGCUCUCCCUGUGGAACAACGGUGACCGCUUACUUAACCGCUGACCUGGAGGUCUUGGAGGAAGACUACAAUGAGUAUGUCAAGCUCGACAGUUACAAUGUUGAGAAGAGGAGUCACAUGGUGCAACGUGACAAACAGAUGGUGAUCAACAAAUUCACCGCCAUGGGAGAGGACGUGACAGAGGAGGAGUGCGUGUCUUAUCCCAUGUCUGUCCUGCGCGGCCUGGUCACCGAGGGAUCCAGCAUGCUAUUGAUGCGUCUCAUGGCUCUGAGGAAGAAGGUUCCAGAGAACAUGGUCUUCAUCAUCUUGGACCAAAGUUUACGUAUAAAUCAGACCACUUUCAGUGAGCUGGACGUGAAGAAAAUACAGGUUCACGGUGAGAUCGUAGAGGUGUUUGGGCUUGAGAGGAUGGUUGGUUCCGCUGAUGCCGACCAUUCCACGUGGCACUGCUACUUCCUUGAUAACGGUCACUUGGCCAGCAGAAAACAGGUGGGAUCUCCAGUCACAAUGAAGGUUAUACAGGAGCUUUCAAAGAAAGGCAGAGGUCAUAUAAAGAUCCCGCUGGCCUGGCAGGAAGACAUGCAGUUGUACUCUCUGUAUUUGGAUAAAAAGGACUUUCUGAAGGUAGAACACAAUUCAUACCUGAGGCAGCACCCAGAGCUCCGAGCCCUCCUGUCCGAUUUCAUACAGGACUUGCUGAUUGUGAAACCGGACAACAUCUUCCAGUUUGCUCGCGAAUACUUCCCUCCUUAUUCCACCUACCAUUCCCCGGAGUCUAACCUGAAAACCCCCUCACCAUGACGCACUUCAGCAGGAACAUCGCCCACACCUAAGAACAUUACUUUCUUGCUCGACGCCUGUCAAUGCUUUUAUGUACUUCAUUGUAAUUUUUAAGUGGUUUACCUUAUUUAUUCAUGCCAUGUUGCAUAUUUAAUGUACGAAGGGAAACUUUAAAAUUGUAGACUUGGUAAUCUAGGGGAUCUAAAUGAAGAGAUUUGUUUUAAAUAGAACUGAGUUCUUCUGAGUUCAUGAGUUCUGGGUUAACUAUACGGAGGAAGUUUCUCCAUACCAAUAGAAUAGACUAUUCUAUGGAGUAUUCUGGAUUAUUCUGGCUUGGUUUUUUUUGCUGUAAAAAUGAGUCAGCUAUGUUGUGCAUGACAUGUUUUCCUAGGGAACCUGAAUUUUCUGAAUAAAUUGACAUGCACCUAAUCUGAAUACAUUUUUCAUCGACAAAGUAAUCAUUAUUUUUCAUACAAGUGAUGUGACCUUUGAGACGAAACGCAAACAACACAUCCGAAUAAAAAUAAAGCAGUACAACUGAUAUGAAAUACUGUGUAUUUAAAAUGCACUUAAGAUGACGUCUGUUCAUUUCUAAAACUAAACUAAACCGCAUGUUAAAAUACAGUUUUUAGAGUAAAAAAUUCUACUGUAUUUGAGACAUUUUGUCAAAGUACUUUCUAAAUUGCAGAAUAUAAAACCCUUAAUUGUGAAAGCACAAUUUCUAAUCUAUUUUGGACGGCAUAUAUGCAUAUCUAUGAAUAGUCCAAUUAGAUAUUCAUACUCCAGGCAGAUUUUAAUCUAAAAUUAUUUUUCAUUCAAGAGGUUGUUGUGUAAGACAGGGAAUGUCAUUGGCAUCUAACAAAAGAUGAGACAAUGUGCAGAGGGUAUUGCUUUUAAAAAUAUUUCUGUUUAUUUCCUUUUUAAUAAAAAAUUGCUUGUCAAAAAUAA